GAGGUAUGCACAGCACAGUAUCAUCAUUCUACUCGCUUUUGUCAAAGUAACAAGUGCUAAAUUUACGAAACUCGGUUUCUUUCCUUUCUCAACAUGUCGAAUAUUAAAUUGAAAUCAUCAGACGGUGAAAUUAUCGAUGCAGAUAUUGAGGUGGCCAAGUCUUCUGCAAUCAUAAAAAGUAUGUUGGACGUUUGUGGCGACGAAGAUAGUGAAACCGUUAUACCAUUACCAAAUGUAAGCUCAAACAUUAUACGCCUGGUUUUGGAAUGGGUCGCACAUCACCGAGACGAACCAAUUCAAAUUACUGAAAGUGGAGAUAAAGAAAAGCCGAUUCCAGAAUGGGAUGCUAAUUUUCUCAAAAUUGAUCAAGAUCAAUUGUUUGAAUUAAUUAUGGCUGCUAAUUUCUUGCAAAUCAAAGAACUGUUGUAUGUCUCCAGCAAAACGGUUGCAAAUAUGAUGAAAGGCAAAUCACCCGAAGAAAUUAGGCUAAUUUUUGGUAUCGAAAGCGAGUUGAGCCCGGAAGAAGAAAAGAAGGUCCAGCAAGAGAACGAAUGGUGCAAGGAAAAUUGAAGAAAUAUCUUGAAACCGAUUUUUAUACCAGCGAACAACACCGAACAGUUUUUAAAAACAUUUUUGAUUUAAAGUAAUCAACCAGUUAACUCAUUUCUCAUUAAACACCUAAUAACUUUGCGAGUGCGUCACUUUUUAUUAUAUCAAUAUUGCUUCUAUCAUUCAGAUG